AUGGCCCCGCUGACCCCCAACAAGCCUAUCGUGGCAGCCUUGGAUUCAUCGCCGAGUUCGACGAUGUCCAGUCCGGCUUUCAUUUAUCCUACCCGGCUCAGCGAUCCUUUCACAGCGCCAGGCGAAGUCAACGCUUCGAUGAAACAUAGCAACAAGCAAGAAUCCAGUGACCAGAGUGACAGUGAUGAGGUGAUUGAGCAGCUCAACCUCUUUGAGUCUCAGUCAGCAAGAGGUGCAUUACCGCAGCAUGGAGAGCCUGGGCCGGUACAGUCUCGCAAGCAUGACAAUAGCGAUGAUCCUUUUGUCCCUCUCACCACUGAAGGGCUAAGCAACCUCUUAGCCGAACAAGACCACAGUCAAGAUUACCGAACUCAUCGAACACAGGCUGGCCGUGCCUCGUCUACACCACCCCGCAGAUAUGUGUCAAGCUCUCCUGGAACUCUCAACCAACAGCCAGACUAUGUUCUCCGGUUUAACCAGAAGCUCUUGCCCGCCCCCGAUCUGCCUAUUUACAUGGAGAUCCUGGCUUACAUUCAACGUUGGGCUUACUGGGCUACCAUGAUUGACAAUCACGAUCGUCGCCUGGAGCUCAUCGACUUUGCGACCACUAAGAUGCAAGUUGUCUGGACUGAGGCUGUCAAAAAGGGUUUGAUCCCACAGAAGGCCCCUGACGGCCAGGAGAAGAUGUCUCCUGCCGAAUUGGAGCAGGCUAUGGAGGAGGAGCGAGGUCGACAACUGGAGCGAAAGAAGCAGAAGCGCCAGCCUAGUCCAUCAAAAGCUAUCGUGGUUCAGGCCAAGCGGAAUAUCCACACAGACCCCCCUUCGCGCAAGACCGACUACUCAAUCACUGCUGGUGAACUCGUGGAGGCCCAGAUACAGUGGAAACGGGUUCAGAAGCGUAUUAAUGCACGUCAUCUUGGGGUUCAGGACCUGAUUGACCGGACUAUCAACAGACUCGGUCGCAACUCUCUUAUCCCGAAUCAAGAUUGGCUCAAGAAGGCUCGAGUAACGAAGAACAACCCAAUGGGCCGUAAUCUAAUGAUGUAUUGCUUGUGGGAGAUAUUCCGGUGCAACGUUCAGUUGACGUAUCUCAAGAGUUUGCUUGACAUGCCUCAGAAUGACGAGCAACGUGCUAUCACCCACAACACUAUUACAGAAGAGCAGAUACUGCGUGACCAGCUUACUGCUAUCGCGAUGGAGCUGGAUCCUGAGAGCGAGGAGUAUAUCUCAAGUGAUGAGGAGGAGGAGGACGAUGAUGAGGAAGUGGAAGACAUCUCACGACCGUUCGAUCACGGGGACCGAACUCCGAUUAACUUGACCAACAGCAACAUGAAUGGGGCUUAUGCUGACACAGAGCCUAUUUCUGUCAAGAAGAAGCUUGACACUCCGUUCCAGACUCCAGCGCGCCCUUCGCUACGAGGGGACAUCUUAACACCUGAAGAUUCAGUCCCUGUCCUUGCUCUUGACACCAAAGAUCUAGAGCUAUGGAAGAAGCAGAGAGCCUUUAUUACAGACAACAUUCGAGUUAAGGCCAAUGCACUUCUCCAAGUUGUUGGUGAUGGUCUGGAUGAAUCGGUCGCAACGUGGAACCCGGUUGCCCAAGCCCUGCAAGAGGCUGGGAUUGAUCAGCAGAACAUCAAUGCUCUGAUCCUUGAGAUGAAUGAGUUUUUAGCCCAGCUACAAGCCGAGGAUAAGGAAAUCAAGGCAAAGAAGGCUGCGGGUAUGAUCGAUGAUAUUGACGGUUUCCCUACCAGAUUCGAGAUUUGGCAGACUGUGCCCCCUGAGGGUUUAACAUCUUCAGAACUUGAUAAUGCUUUCCCUGGUACAAGUCGCGUGGAUGUUACAUGGCAGAAGCUCGUCAUGUCAGUUGCCUCGCACGAUCAGUUGUCAGGCCGAUGGUUCGUCGCGAAAGAGUUUGAUUGCUCUACAAGCCAGCGCGCUCGUCCCCCACCAGGGUUUGGUCCAGCCUUAAAGGUCAAGCUCAGAUUGAAGGAUAAACAAGGCUACGACCCUGAGGACUACUGCACCACGAAUGUAUUCAACGCUGACGGCUUCAAAUGGCGGUUCAUGAGCACGUCCACCAUCAAACAGCGUACAUCAAUGGACGAUGUCAUUGAUCGUUACGUUCGUGACCGCAAAGAUGCUGAUCGACCACACCCUAAAUACCACGUUCAAGCAACAAGUCACCGCAAUGGUACAUAUGAAGUCGUCGGUCAUCCUGAUAGCCCCGAAGGCCCAGGCGUGAUCCACGGCAUCUGGGAUAUCCGCAAAGGUCAAGAAGUCGAGGAUCCCAAGAUGAUUUGGUUCUAUGAUGGUGGUGAUCGUGAGAUUGUAGAGAUGGGCUACCCUUCUUACGACCCUGUGCCUCAAGGUACCAUGGAAGAGAUGCUCCAGCUUGUCGCUGACCGCAAACGUGCAGCUCUUGAGCAACAGCUACGCUCUCACAAUAUCGCAGCUGCCACACCACCAAGCAAGCCAAAAAGCGGCAAAAGAGUCAAGGAUGACUCUCGUGCCAAUUCUCUGGGUCGUGUAGCCGGCCGGGCCGAGGACGCUCCGGAUAAGACCCCGGCGACCAAGGCCAGCAGAUCUGGCGCUGCCCGCGGACGUGGCGAUACUCAGCGGCGCGGAGGCAUCGGCGGUACAGCGUCGCGUGCUCCGAACAAGAAGCUCGCGGGCAAGCGGAAGUUGAAGGAAGAGUUGUCGGAUGAGGAGAUUAUACGGCCCAAGCGUAAGACUGCUAGGACCGUGACCUCGUAUGUAGAUCAGUGGGACGAGGAUGGUGAGGAUGAUUGA